AUGCCUUUUCAACCUGAGGAAAUCAACAAUGACCUAUUGACGCACAAACAAGUCGCCCUAGCCGUCUGUGAAAGAGCUGAGUUACUGGCCAAAGAAGCCAUUGCUUCACUUCCUUCAGAGAAGCGAAGCCUUUUGGAAACUAAAGCUAUGGAAGUUCGCUCAGCAUUCCAACAGCUUACCCAGGAGACAGACUUGAGGAUACACCUCCUGACUGCUAGUCUAGACAAUCUAGAGCAGCUGACGUUCCAGUUGCAGGACUUGAAAUCCUGGCUUACAUCCAUUGAAAAGUCACUAAAGCAGACACUGGAGACUUACGCUCCUCAUCCUGAAAGUCUCUCCGCUAUACAGGCUCAUAUUAGUCGUGUUGAGCACGAGUUACUCUCACGGCAGACGGAUCUAGCAAGUGUCAUGUCAAGUGCUCAAAAGUUCCUCUCCUGUUUGGAAAAGUAUAACUCAGCUAAGACCUUAAAUGUGCUAGCAGACGAUCUUUCGAAAAGCAAACUCCCCGCGGUUUUAGUAUCACCUUCAACAAUCGAAACUUGUCUGAACAAACCCUUGGAAACUGAAGAAGCUCGACUUUCCGCCUUGUCUAAAGAAUUGACCUCUAUGAAAGUGAAAAUAAAAUCCCUUCUUAGUGCCAUUGAUGCUAAGGAUGGGUCUCUGGGGGAAAAGUCUGCGUGGUUGGAGGAUGCCAUUGCUGCAGCAGGAGGAAAAAAUGAGUCAACACUGCUGGAAGCCCGUCAGGCUAAUAACAAACUACAGGCCGAACUGUCUGUUCGUGAACCUGGGCUCCAGUCCUUACUUAGAUCGGCACAGGAGGAGUUAGAAGAGCUGGAAAAAUCAGGGGAACAACAGGAAGCGACUGAAAAGGGAAUGAAAAACUCCCAAACAGCUGAAUUUAAUCUGUUUGAAGAGGAUAUAAAUAAAUUGGCGUUGGAAGCCAUUGAUUUGGGUCGAGAAUCGGACAUAACCACGGCCAAGAAGAAAACAGCUGCAGCCUGGGCUGAACUCUCCGAUCUGGAUCAGUCAAUCCAUCAGGCGCAUCAGACCUGCAAAGAACGUCUUUUACGUGCCAAACAGUUUAAGACUAAACGGGCAAAACUGCUCGACUGGUUACAGAGCCUUGAAAAACGCCUGAAUGCUGGUAUCUUCGCUGAUCGCUCGACUGUUGAGGAAGUCUCGCUUCGUGAACAGUUAAAGGAGCUCGAAAAAGUCACUUCUGAGUGUAAUGCUUUAGAAAGCGAGGUGGAAUCGGCUUGUGGUCUCUUGAAGCCAUUUGAAAACUCGGCUGAUGACAAGUUGGUUCAAGGUAAACUGAACUCUGUUGAUUGA